GUCCCCCCAGUCGAUGGCCACAAGAUCGUCGCCGUGCGCGUCCUCACACAUCGUCCAGCAGUCGCCCGGCGAGGUGGAACAACCAAUGAGCCUAUCCAGAUCGCUGUAGCACCAGCCCAUCGACGAACCAUGCGGAAUCGAUCCGUCGGUUGCCCAGCCGAGGUCGUCCGCCACCGUGACGUUGCUGCAGUCAGGGCACAUUUCUACCGUGAAAUUGCCCUUGAACGCCAUCGGUCCGAAGGAAUGGCACUGUAUCUCUCCCCCCGCAGACGCGCACGAGUCGGGGUCUUCGCACUCGCAAUGGCUCCAGUCGGAGCCCGAGUAGUAAUCGCAUCCGUGCGCGGCGCAAUCCUCCUCGGACAUCAACCAGGGCUGGAAAUUGUCCGUGUCUCCGCACCAGCACCAAUCGUCUGCGUCAUCGACGCAUUCGCACUGCUCGAAACAUAUGCAAGCUCCGUGGUCGGUGUCCCAGGCCAUGGCGUCGUAGCCCGCAGCGUCGCAGGCCUCGAUGCACGCCUCGCGCGAGGGCAUGUAACCGACCUCAUGAUCGUCUUUUGAGUCGUCGCAGGCGCCCGCGGGGCCGGUUCGCCAGUGAUCGGCCGCCGUGGGCGCAGGCGUGACGGUCGGCGCUGUCGAGACCGUGGGCGCGGUCGACGGCGUGGCCCCACCGCACGCGCGGAAGACCGGGCCGGCCGGGCUCGCGGGGUCCAGAAGGACGAGCAUAUUCGGUUCCGGGCCCACGAACCAGUCCCAGCAAGUGGCCGUGGUGAAGUCGCCCCAGCCAAGAACGAGGUGCGGGGCAUC